CACAAGAGAAGCAAAGGGAGAGAAUUUUCUGCCUUUCCUGUGAGCAGCAGAUUCCCUCCUAGACCCUGCAGGAGCCCCAGCUGGCGCUGGCCUUGCAGCUGGCCAUGAACUCUUCGUGCUGCUCCCUGUUCGCUCACCCGAUGUUGCCUAACCACACGGAGCACCCUGCCGUCCCUCUGAGCAACCGGAGCGGCAGUGGGUUCUGUGAGCAAGUCUUCAUCAAGCCGGAGGUCUUCCUGGCACUGGGCAUCGUCAGCCUGCUGGAAAAUGUCCUGGUCAUCUUGGCUGUGGCCAGGAACGGCAACCUGCACUCCCCCAUGUACUUCUUCCUGUGCAGCCUGGCCACUGCCGACAUGCUGGUGAGCGUGUCCAACGCCCUGGAGACCAUCAUGAUCGCCGUUGUCAACAGCGACUCCUUGACCUUGGAGGACCAGUUCAUCCAGCACAUGGACACCAUCUUCGACUCCAUGAUCUGCAUCUCCCUAGUGGCCUCCAUCUGCAACCUCCUGGCCAUUGCUGUGGACAGGUAUGUCACCAUCUUCUACGCCCUCCGCUACCACAGCAUCAUGACAGUGAGGAAGGCCCUGGCCUUGAUUGUGGCCAUCUGGGUCUGCUGUGGUGUUUGUGGUGUGGUGUUUAUUGUCUACUCCGAGAGCAAGAUGGUCAUCGUGUGCCUCAUCGUCAUGUUCUUCACCAUGGUGCUCCUCAUGGGCACCCUGUACGUGCACAUGUUCCUCUUCGCCCGGCUGCAUGUUCAGCGCAUCGCCGCCCUGCCCCCCGCAGAUGGCGUGGCCCCACAGCAGCACUCCUGCAUGAAGGGGGCUGUCACCAUCACCAUCCUGCUGGGGGUGUUCAUCUUCUGCUGGGCCCCCUUCUUCCUCCACCUGAUCCUCAUCAUCACCUGCCCCACCAACCCUUACUGCAUCUGCUACACAGCACACUUCAAUACCUACCUGGUCCUGAUCAUGUGCAAUUCUGUCAUCGACCCCCUCAUCUACGCCUUCCGCAGCCUGGAGCUGCGCAACACCUUCAAGGAGAUUCUCUGUGGCUGCAACGGCAUGAACUUGGGCUAGGGCUGUGCAAGUGAUCCACAUCCAACCAAGGGGCGAGAGAAAA